CUACCUCGCUCCGAGGAAACCACUCCAAGAAACUCCCCAGAACCAUAUCUCACUUACUCUUCGUGCCGCUCCGUUUCCCGAAACCGGCCACCCAUGGUGACACCGGAUACGAGACCCCCUCCCUCGGCGACCUUUCACCACCCCGAAAGCAACAGCGUGGUCCAACCCUUUGGUUGGUCCCAGACACGCCAACGCAGCUUAUCUUCCUCCGUCUCCGUUUCAUGUCUAAAUAUAUAUACCACCCCCGAUGCGGCGGAAGCACAGCCAUGACGUUGUGUCUGGUGGGGUCGCACAGUCUAGUGCUCCAUUGGAUGGGGUGAGGUGCACGGCAGGAUCAGGACAGGUUCUGGAUGGCGGGUGGAGAGCGGGUUGGUGGAUGAAGCUGCCCGGGUUUAUCACCUCGACCAGGAUGCCUUCCUUUCGGCAUUUCCUCAUUUUCUUGACGAUCUUCACCGUCUUCGCAGUCACAUGUACCUCGGCGGCUGUAGGACAGACAGGUCCGGAAGCACCAUGCGCCAACGGCGGACGAAAUCCAGUUCACCAAGCUCCUACCUACGAUUUCCGAUGACCCCGAGCUUCACGGUGCACUAGAGCAGUAUAUUGCUAACAAAUACCAACCCGGCAAGAAUGGGGAGGGUACAACGAGCACUAUCACGGCCUCCACCGUGGUUCCUGCGAGCCAGCCUACGGAGAAUGCAGAGCCGACUGUUUGCAGGGGAAUGCGGGUUCUAAUCGACGUGCUGGUGUCGUAGGAUAUGGAUUCAUUCUAUUCGUCGGCAUGAUGGCUGUAUUGUAGUCGCUCGAUAAAGCUGUGGUCUUGCAGCGGAAAUCGCAAUUGUACUUUAUAUUUGGGAAAAACAAAUCAUAUUUGCUCACAGCAUGAUGAGCUUGUGCCACAUGGAUAUGCUGAGAUAUGCUUCGUCCCAACU